GGACGAGGAGGAGGAGGAGGAGGGUUGCAGCUUUUAGAACCACAGACACACAGAGAGAGGCUUCAUUCCCAGCCCCAAAGAUCCAGCAUUACGCAUCCAGCGCCGCUAAAAGAGAGAGAGAGGGAGAGAGGGAGAGAGAGAAAGCCUCCUUCCGAUGUGCGUCCACGUUUCUCCGCCGUGUUUUUUCCCUGCCUGACGCGUGAAUCAAGGCCACCAGGACUGAGGAGAUAACCGGGCCCUGCACGCUGGAACCGGAACGUUUCGUUUGUGUAUUUAAAAAAAAAAAAAAAAUCAAAACACAAGAGAGACGCGGUUUUUUUCUGGCUUGUGUGCUGGCAAUGCUGUGAGAAUUACCUCUGGUUACUCCAAAAUCAAAGAACAUACCGAUAAACUGCUCGCUCCGCUGAAACAAUCCUCCGGUCAUGCUGUGCACCUGCCAGACCUCCGCUGCUGCUGCUGCCGGACCGGACUGUUGAAGAAAAAAAGAAGGGCAACUUUGGAGGGGGGAGAAGUUGCCAUCAGAUCGGUUGUAGAAGCCGGGGGGUGGAGGGGCAAACUAAGUCCCUCCAUCGAGUAGAAUCACCUUUUUUUCUUCACAUUUUCAUCCUUGAUAGGAAGGCGAAACGGCGACUUCAGUUGAUUAUCUCUCUUUCCUUUGCUAUCCAAUGGAUAUUCACUGCAAAGCAGACCCCUUCACAGCAAUGCACCGGCACGGAGGUGUGAACCAGCUCGGCGGGGUGUUUGUGAACGGCAGACCCCUCCCGGACGUGGUGAGGCAGCGGAUAGUGGAGCUGGCCCACCAGGGCGUCCGGCCCUGCGACAUCUCCAGACAGCUGCGGGUCAGUCACGGCUGCGUCAGCAAGAUCCUGGGCAGAUACUACGAGACUGGCAGCAUCAAACCAGGGGUGAUUGGUGGGUCGAAACCCAAAGUGGCCACCCCAAAGGUGGGAAAAAUCGCAGACUACAAAAGACAAAACCCCACCAUGUUCGCCUGGGAGAUCAGAGACAGACUGCUGGCAGAGGGCAUCUGCGACAACGACACUGUUCCCAGCGUCUCAUCCAUUAACAGGAUCAUCCGGACUAAAGUCCAGCAGCCUUUCCACCCGUCUCCGGAUGGGACGUCUCUGUCAGCACCGGGACAUACAAUUGUACCAAGCACAGCCUCUCCGCCUGUAACCAGCGCCUACGACCCUGCAGGAUCCUACUCCAUCAAUGGUCUGGGUAUUCCACGAUCCAACGGUGAAAAGAGGAAAGAGAUGAAGGUAAGGGUAUGGACAGAGUGUGGGAGAGAGAAGGGGGGAAUGUCUCGAAUGUUGCUCUUUCUUCUUGUAGAUGGUUCAGAUGGUUCUGGCCCAAACAGUGAUUCUCAGGGUAGUGUGGAGAGUUUACGGAAGCACCUGAGGGCAGAUGCCUUCACCCAGCAGCAGCUGGAAGCGUUGGACCGGGUCUUUGAACGCCCCUCGUACCCUGACGUCUUCCCUACGUCGGAGCACAUCAAACCGGAACAGGCUAAUGAGUACUCGCUCCCUGCCCUGAAUUCCAGCCUGGACGAAGUCAAGCCCAGUUUAUCCUCUAGCGCCAACCCAGACCUGGGCCCCAGCGUGUCGCAAAGCUACCCUGUAGGUCGGGACAUGGCCAACACAACCUUACCUGGUUACCCCCCUCACGUCCCCCCGACAGGCCAGGGCAGCUACCCGACCUCCACGCUCGCUGGGAUGGUUCCUGGGAGUGAGUUUUCGGGGAACCCCUACAGUCAUCCGCAGUACACGACCUACAAUGAAGCCUGGCGAUUCAGCAACCCAGCAUUACUAAUGCCGCAUCGAGAGGCUCCGCCCCUCCCACUGCUGCCACUGCCUAUGACCGUCACUAGUUACCAUGGAAACCAAAUCAACCUGCAGGACCAUGGCCUCAGCCUCCAUAUUGCCCCGGUGUGAGCGGCAUGGUCCACUGGACACUGAGCAACUGCGCAUAAAAUGUUCCCGGCUGACACGAUAAGCAACUUAAGGGUUUAUUUGGGGGGAUUCAAGACAUCUUCUGUCCUCUCUCUCCGUCAUCGCAGCUUUUUUGGACACUCAAAGCCAAAAGAAAUAAAUAAAUCUUCAAGACGUCACCACGGACACUGAAAGACACACAUGCUGACACUUGUGGCUCACAACAGUGGUUUAAAAAAAAAGAGAAAAAAACGGAAAAAGACUCAAAACAAAAAUAUCCUGAAUUUAUUUUCCCUUCUAGCAGUGUCACAGUUUCAUCCCAUCGUGGAUCAAUACUGUACAUUCCUUUUCUUGAUGGCUCUCUGCAGGGACACUGUCCGGAGCUUAAAAUGUAGCAGCAGCCUUUUUUUUUUCUCCUCCUUCUGUUUCCUCAUUCGUCUCCCACUUGAUUCAGACCAGAGGGGAUUAGCAGCAGCACACGCAGGCUGUGGCAGGCUAGCGUUGUUUUUAUCCAUUUGAACAGUCACCGACCAAACAUCCAGCAUGAGUAAAUCGAUCGCUUUUUUCCGAUGCCAUGAGAAGAUUAGGACAUGUUCUCUGUGAUACACAAUCAAGAUGUAAAAAAGAAGAAAAAAAAAGGAGAAAAAAAUGAAAUAAAUAAACAUCAGUUUGAAAAUAGAGGGAGCCAUGACAAUAUAGCACCAUGGCACACCUGCUAUUUGCAAGAUUUCAAGAAACUAGUAAAUAUAUUCUUAAAAAUGAUUUUUUUAUUUCAUUUUUAUAAUUCGUAAAAACUGCAGACUGCUUGGCUAGUGUUUUACUAUGUCUUAUUUGUCAGGAUUCAAGAGGUCAUCAGGCAAAAAUCGUAUUUUUUUGUGUCUUUUUUUUUUGUUCAUUUUGCACUAUUUUGGAAGUUUGCAACACUGGAGCGUUAUUAUGCAGAAAAAUGAUGUGCAUAUUUGCUUUAUUUCACACUAAAACUGGCUGUAAGUCUAAAAAGUCUCAGUCUGAAGAAGGCACUUACAGUUUUUACAGUUAAUCUCGUAAUUCAAGGCCCCAUCGUGUCACUGCCUUGAUGUGCACUAUGCUACGUUCUCACAGCUUCCAUUCCUAUUUCAGUUUAUUAAGUCUUUGGCAUUACAACCACAGAAAAAGGAUACAACAGCCAUCCCGAGUCGAACCAUGUUUCAUCGUUUGUCUAGUUUGAGAACAGAAGCGCCCAGAUUCACUCCCAACUCUGGCAACUCCAAUAACAUCAGAAAGCAGGGCGACAAUUUCAGCUAAAUGCCUUAAACAUGUUCCUCCCUCCUCAACUUAAGCUCCCUCACAUGUUUCAGGCCAUGUCAUUUCUUUGAAUCAAGCUGGAUUGAUGUUUUUUUUUCUUCAUCUGUCAAGUGAAUGUAUUUUGCAUUUGCCAAAGACUUAGUUCUUGUUAAUGUUUAUUUACAGGCCGCCUAUUAUAUGCAUCAUGAGAGCAGUAUUAUUAUUAUUAUUAUUAUUAUUAUUAGGAGAAAAAAAAGCCCACGUUGCUCAUGAGGAAAAGUCUAUGUAUAAAUUCUAUGCAGUGCAGAGAUGGUCAUCAUAUGCAUAUUCAGCUGUAAACCUAAAGGUAGGUGGAGUUUAUUUAAUGUUAUGUUAUUUACAAAUUGUUCAUUUUGUAGAGGCAUUUUUUUGUGUGUGAUGUGAAGACACUUCUCUGUAAAUACAGUAAGAAAAAAUGUCUUUCAUGUUCAUGGGUAUUAUCACUUUCAUUAUGCUGGUAUCACUUGUACAAUAAUAAAAGUGUCUGAAAUCUUUUAUGCAAAAGGA